AUGUAUUCAUCUAACAACAGUCGUUACAACUCUCGAUAUUAUGAUGAUGAUUAUAAUGAUGAUGACGAUCAAGACUAUGGAAGAAUAGAUGCAGAUCAAUACAAAAUGAUGAAAUCUCUUGCUGGAAGUACUUUUAGUUUAGAGUUUAACUUGGUUUCAAGAAGUAUUUUAAACUACUUGAAAGAACAAAAACAACAACAACAACCAUCUCAAAGAAUAAACAACCUCAGGUGCACAGUUACUAGAAUCAUGAAUAAUGAUAAAAGGAUAACAGAUGAUGAAUUUCCUCCAAUGUAUAUACCUCCUCCUCCUCCUCCUACUACUUCAUCAUCAUCAUCAUCAUUAUCUCCUUCAUCCUCAACAAACAAUGACAAUAAUAAUGAAGAUGAUGACCUUGACAAUGGUCAAUUAAUAGAACAAGAACAAGAAGAAGAAUCAUUUCUAAAAGGUGUAAUGAAUGUAUUUAUAACAUUUGGUCAUUGUUUUGGAUUGUUGUGUUGCUUUUGUUGUGAGGAACCAGAGACUGAACAAGAGAAACGAGAUCGAAGAAGAAGGAGAAGACGUGAAAAACGAAGAGCACAUAGACGUGAUAGUAGCAACACGACCGAUCAAAUCAUAGUUGGAUCUAAUAUUAGUGAUGGUGUUGGUGCACCCAAUAUUAGGUAUUCUAAACUUGGAGACCCUUUGAUACGAUUCAAGGUCGGUCUAAAUGGCAAGGACAUGUGGAUGGGUGCAAAAGGUGUUAAUUUCUAUCACACCUUUGGCAAGUAUGCAGUGUUGGUCGAUAGCUUUGAUAAUCGUGUCAUUGCAUUUACAAAGGAUGGGUUGCCUUGCGAGGAUCUAGAUCCUGACCACGUUUUUAUCAUCGAUGUAAAUAGAUUUGGUGAGACUGAAGAUAGAUGGAAACGUUUAAAAGAUUAUCAUCAACAACAACAACAACAACAACAAAUCAAUCAAUCAAACAAUCAAACCCAAAAUCAAUUUAAAUCAAUUGAAAUGGAUACUUUAUAUGAAAAUCAAUUAAUGAAUAAUAACAAUAAUAAUAACAAUCAAAAUACUAAUACUAAUAAUAAUAAUACUAACAAUAUAAAAAAUAAUAAUAAGAAUAAUAAUAAUUCAUCACCACCCAUGACAGGAGGUUAUUCACCAAAAUCAAAUAGAAAAGUGGAGUUGGAUUGGGAUACUUUGGAUAACUUUAGAUAG